AUGAGCGACCCCAUCCUGUUUGCAGAGCUGAUGAAGGAAACGGGUCAAAGAUACGGUGCCAUCAAGAUCAUCAUGCCGGAAAGUUUCAAUACCAUGGCCAGAACGAAUUUCCAGGUGAACCCCGAUCUUUUUCAAUUCAAAACGAACCGCAUUCUCGCUAAUCCAAAAGAGAACGAGAUUUUGACGAGGCUUCGUUUUUACAACGAGCUUAUCGGAUUUCAUAUUCUGCAGAGAGCAGAGGCUCCAGAAGUAGCAGUCAAGACAGAAGAAGAAGCACCUGUGGAAGGUCCACAAAAGGAAGAAACGCUCCAAUCAAAAGAGGAGCUUUCAGACUCACAGCCCAAGGAGACAAAGGCGGAAGAGAAGCAGAAAACAAAACUGCCCUUGUUUUUGCAGAAACUACCGAUGAUGGACAAACGCCCACUAGACCUCUUUGACCUAUUCCGUUUGGUUGUCAUGAGAGGCGGCUAUAACGAGGUGAUCAACAGAAAGCUCUGGGCUCAAAUAGGGCGUGAGCUCGGUUACAAGGGUAAAAUCACAAGCAGUCUCAGCAGCUCACUCAAGCUUUCCUAUGCUAAGAUCCUCUAUCCUUUGGAGACAUUCUUGGGUCAAAGAUGUGCUGAGGUAGCUGGUUUGGCAGACCGUCCUGGCGAUGGAGAGCCACCUGCCAAAAAGCUAAAAGUCGAUCCUCUGGCUCCUCUCCUUCUUGGCUCAGCAAAAGAGUACAGACGUUCUGUUAAAGCUAAAGCAAGCAAAGGUAUUCUUUUAAACCAGCCGCAUUUGAUCGACGUGAAACCGCCUCUUGUGUUUUCGUCGAACUCGGAAAACGGCUCUGCUCAAGGUGAAACUAAAGCAAACAAAAAUACGACAUCUUGCUCACUCACGCCUGCUGCUCAAAUCAACAGUUACUUGAAGUGGAUCAGCACAAACGCAGCAAACUUACAAGAUGCCACGAGGCAUGAACCAAAUGGAAAAUCGGCCUCAAUCUACUCUCUCAGACAGUUCAUUGAGAAAGAUUGCAAAUUCCAGGAGGUCUUGAUCUCGUCAAAUCCGGCAAUUUUCGGUAUCAACAGCGAGAGACAAAUGUCCACGCCCAUGCAUAAUCUUCCGAAUCAUUUGACAGGCUUCCAGAUCAGCGAAGAAUCCAGCCCCAUUUCCCCUCAAGCUUUGGAGGACAUUUACUGGCAGCGUGUGUGCCAUGAAGGUGUUGACGAUAUACUCGAUGGUUUGAAGAUCGAAAACGGUUUUUCUUUGCCUCACUUAGCAAACAGUUCUGGGUUUCUUCGAAUCGGUGACGACUUCACCAACUACAAAUUGCAGCUCAACACCUCCAAUCAGCAGAGUGUAAGCUUCUCAGGAUCGGAAUCAACAAAAAGCCAGGAACAUAUCUCCACCGCCAGCAGCAAAAGUGGAACUCCAACUCCAGCUGAUACCCCAGUUUCUUCCUCCAGACCUUCUUUUAAUGGCGAUACAUCCACUUCUUCAUCGCACAGUGAAGCGCUCAUCCUCAAUUGCCAGCCAUACAUCUCCAGAACCAUAGGCAACUCAUUGGCUCCGUUCAACCUCCACAAUAUACCCACGUUACCAAAUUCGCUUCUUGGAGCCCUCUCUGCUCAUGAUGUCAACAAUAACGACAUGUACAACUCACGCUUGAAUGUUGGCAUGACCUUCAGUUCAGAAAAUUGGCAUUCCGAAGAUCAUUUCUUACAACGGUGCAGCUAUCACUUUUUUGGCAGAAAGCUGGACUUCUUGAAAUUCGAGGAGCUUCUCCGUGAAAUUAAUACGAAAAGGGACUCUAAGGUCAAUUUGAACAGCCAGUCUGAAUCUUGGCAAAUCGGCGAGCUUCUCAAAUUUCUCAGCACAGAGGACGAAAGCUUGAAUUUCGAGUACGAGUGUCUCCUUAACUCUCUUGAAAACAUGGUGAAUCCUUAUCCAGAAGUCCGUGCAUUCAUCAACGAUCCGGAGUUUCAGAAAAUCAUCGAUUUUCAGAAGUCCAAAAGAGACAGCAUCUAUUACAACCAAGAAUACUUCAUCAACCCGGAAAUGCUUCAUAGCAGAGGGAUCCGAUUCACCACAACUUUGCAAAAGCCUGGUGAAAUCAUCCUUCAGUACCCUAAGUCCUAUUCACUGUCCAUUUCCUUGGGCUUGAACAUCACUGAAGACGUCAAUUUUGCAUCCAAAGGCUGGCUUGAUUAUGCCCUAGAGGGAGAAGAAUGGCUCAAAAAGCAAGGAAUUCUCCCAAAUAUAUCGCUUUUCAAGCUACUUGUGAAUAUUGCCAGUUUGUACGAGAACAACUGCGGAAGUUUUGAUUCGGAUGUCUACACGAAAGCACUGGAAUGUUACGACAAGCUCUUGGAGAAGGAGCUUGAACUCAGAAACAAGGUUAGGACCAGGGUCAAGAUGAAGGAGGUUGUUAUAGAAGAGAGAAGUAUUUCUGAUGCAGACGGUAUUGCAGACGACAAUCUCCAGAACUUGUUUCCGUCAAAGAUCUUGAUAAACAACACCAAGGAUGGUGAGCAGUUUUCCAUGUCUCUCGAAAGCUUCCUUCAAUACUCUGACGCCUUGGAGGUCCAGAAGAGAGAGAACCAGGAGCAAAAUCUCCCUGACUUCAUAUCCUCGACUUCCCACAAAAUCGAGCUUCAUUUGUUCUUGUCCGACGAUCGUCUCAAGAACUACCAAAGAGUCCUCAGUGGAUACUCUAUCGAAUUUGACGAAUGGGUCACGACUUACGAAACUGUCAUGAAGGACGAGGAGGAGGUUCCUUUCAAAACCUAUAAGAACUUGCUAGGUGAUGGUCAAAAGAUCCUUGCCGCCUUGUCAAGUGCCCAUCCUAGGUUUAAGAGGUUUGUCUCCAACGGAUCUCGUGGAGCUCAGGACCUUGAACGUGAGGAGAAGAUGAAGGUUUUUAAGGAAUACGUUGAAAAUCUCGAUCAUUUCGUUACUCACUGCAAUGAUAUCAUCGAAGAGUGUCAAGCAGUUUUGUCGUUGAAGCAUCAGCAAAGAAUAAGAGGAGCGUCAGAGAAUAAUGUACCACAAGAACAGGAUAAACAAGGAAAACUCUCGACAUUGCUCGACCUUGCAAACAAAAUUCCAAAGCUCAACUUCUAUGCUGUCGAGUUCGACCAAGUUCUCGAAUUCAAGAAUGAGAUCCAAAACUUCGAUCGAGCAUGUCGUAACUUGAUCUCGAAGCCUAACGUCCAACAGUCUGAGCUAAACGAUAUGAUCAACUUGGGAACUUCAUUCGGUAUCAAGUUACCAAUACUCGACUUCUUGGUGAGAUUGCGGGACAGAGAGGUUUGGAUCAAGACCUUCAACAUCUUAUUUGAGGGCGGUGAUCCUUUUGCUGGAAAGAAGGAAGUGUACUCAUUAUCUCAUCUUCAGCAAUUUCACAAUGAUGGCUUACGUGUUCUCAGUGCUAAGGAUGUUGAUCAUCUUCAACAAGUUGAUGCAUGGUUGAAGGAGGGCAAUUUGUAUGACGAGAAGGUCAAUGCCUAUAUUUCAAACCACAAGCAACUCAACAAGAUCAACCUCGCUGAACUUGAUAAUUUGAUAAUUGAUAUGGAGGAGAGGGCGAAGGAGAUCAAAGAGAAACGUCUUUUUGUAUUCAUGGAAUCUUACCACAAGCUUGUUGAUAUCAAGGCUCAAGCACCUCUAGUCAAGUUUUUGCAGAAGUACCAAACAACGAAGCCUUCCUUGUUUGCUGCAAAACAAAUGAUGGCCGACUUGGAGAAAUCCAAAUACGACUAUGACGACUCGGAGAUCAAGGCUGAUCUUGACAAGUCUCUCAAUUGGUUGGGUAACUUGUGGACGGCUUUGAAAAAAGUCAAGGCAUCUUUUGGCUCCAGGGCAAAGAGGCUGUUUGAUACUCAGACUUUGAAACAAGCCGUGAACACUGAAUUGGUCAAGAAACUCUCCACAAUCUAUACCAAGACCGCUACCAACCUUGCAGGUGAAGAAGUUGAUCCUUUCGAAAGAUCCGGUGGCUAUUUGUUUCUCAAAGACAUCGACCCCGUUUACGAUGAGAAACACCCGUUGCGUUACUGUCUCUGUCGAGAGUUUGAGGAUGGAAUCAUGAUUGAAUGUGACCGUUGUCACGAGUGGUACCAUAUCUUCUGUGUCAAGGAAAAGCUGGAGAUCGAGGAAAACGAUGAUAACUACGUUUGCCCUGCUUGUUUGCUGUUGGAUUCUGACUCGAUUCUUGCAGAAUUUGCAGAAGAGAAGAUUACCGACUCAUUGAUUGAUGAGUUUGUUGCUUCUGGCGAGGACCUCAAGAUUAAGCCUUCAAGCGAGUUGGAUGAGUUGAAGAGGUUGAAGGAGCAAAUUGACGAAUUCAAAAAAACCUUCAGUGGGAAGGUUUGGAACUCUGAGCAGACAGCGCUUCUGGUGCACUAUGAAGCUUACAUUUUCAGAAAGGUAUUUGGUGCUCCGGUGCUCAUAACUUCGAUCUACGAGAAGCUAUCUGAAUUUUUGAAAACCAAUUUGAACAUUCUCCUUACAGCGAAGCCAGAGGAAGAUGUAUCAAAGAAUGUUGAGAAGUCAGAAAACGACAUGGAUGUGGAUCGUGAGUCCCCAGCAGCUACUCCUUCGAGAGGUUCAACCCAAUCUCCAAAAGAUGAUGCCAAUUCCAGAGAGUCGGUCACCAGAAGUCCCACAGAUUUCAACGAGGAUCAAAGAAGAUUUUACUCGCACAAGACUCAGCCAAGUGGGCCUAUUCUUCCACCUCCGGUUCCCCAAUUCUUCUCUCCUCUUUCAAUGGCCAAGCAAGUUCCACAAGCUGAUAUUGAAAAGCCAAUACACCCCGAGCCAGUUUCUGAGACACUGGUAUCUGAAAAGCCCUCUGAGCCAGUGAAGGAUGAAGCUGUUGCCGUCGAGCCUGAGAGUGCUCACAAUGAAACAAAGUCUGAAACGAAGGAAGAAAGCAAGCCAGUGGGCUCUUCUGGCCCUGAAGUUACCUCGCCCCUGCCAUCUAACCCAGAGUCUAACAUCCCUGAAAAGAUUGAAUUGCAAUCACCGACUACAGACGUAAAGCCAGAGGAGACUAUCAAUGCAGACUCUCAGGUUUCUGUUGAGGACGCCAUUCCACCCCAGUCUGCUCCUGAACCUUUGAAGAUACAAGAAGACGUUGUUGACGAAAAGCCAGCUGACAUCGAGAUCGAGAAGAAAGACAGCUCUAGUGCUCUCGAUAUUCUGAACAACGAGCCUGUUCGUGAGCCGGAAUCCAAGGACUCAGCUGAAACUGGGCAAAAAGCUUUACAAGAUAAAUCUCCGCAGAUAUCAUCUGCAUCCCCAGAACCCAGAGUUGAGCCACUUCCCGAGACCGUCAGUGCUCCUUCUCAACCAGAAACUGGAGCGGAACCCAUGCAAGUUGACACAAAGGAUGCAGCACCUUCAGAGAGCUCCACUGCACUGGCUCCUGAGCAGUUGGUUGAAGAAUUGAACGAGAAUGAUUCUAAACAGCAAGAUGAGUCCAGACAGCAGGAUGAGUCCAUACAGCAGGAUGAGUCUAGUUCGGUGUCUAGGGAAUCUGAGCCUCUUCCAGAAAAACCCGAACCCUUAGUGGAGCCUGAGGAAACAAAGGUUCCAGAGUCGACUGGACUUCCAGUUAUACAACCAAGAGAACCUGUUUCCGAAUCCGCUACGACUUUUGCUAAUGAAGAAGUAAAGCCAACUCCAGAGCCUGUGGAACAAGCUCCUCCUCAUGAUAAGGCUCCUAAAGAAGCAACUUCCGCUGCCUCUGUGGAAGACAAACAGCCUCGGGAAGCCCAACCUCUCGUUCGACCUACCGCUCCAAUUACCGAAUCAUCAGACUCACAACAAAAACCCGAACAAGUCGAACAACCGCAAUUGAGUGCUCCUGACUCAAGAAACUCAUCUUCGACAAUCCCUUCUUCAACUCAACCUCCUCCUGUUGCUCAGGUUGAGCCUGGUGAUGACACUUUUUUGGCAUCUUUAGCUGCUGAUUUCCCAAACACCUCAGCGUAUCCCGACGAGACCUACGUGGACCAAUCAUUGCCUUUCAUUUCGAGCGAACCAAAACAAGAGGCUUCUCAAGAUACAUCAACUGCACAAUCCGCAGCCUUAGGUGAGAUGCUUUUGGCUGAGCUUGGAGAGAACCCUGAUAGUACAAGCAACGAGCAAAAAUAA